AUGGACGCUUCCGGAACAGUGCCCAAGAAAGGCCGCAAGAGACUCAGACAGACUCUUCUGACAUUUUCUGCUCAUGCUACAUCAAACCCUGCCUCGCAGAAUUCAUCACUUGUCUCUGACCGUGUCGGUGGCACCGUGAGGCCGUCUCAACCACCCACCUUGCCCGCCGAGAUUUGGCACCGCAUUCUUGAGCCACUGAGUACUUUGGGACUGAAAACAAUGCGCUUGGUGUGUCGCGACUGGUCUCUGAUAGGCGCUCAAUACUUGUUCAGCACCGUCUAUUUGAACAGCUACGAGAAGGCCUGGGCCGGGCUCCGGAGCAUUUGCAAUUCCAACUACGCUCCUUGCGUAAGGAGGAUUGUCUGGAAUCCGCUGGUAUUGCUUGAAGCAUGUCUCGACGGUCCGGUGUGGAGGCGCAGGUACCAGAAUCUUCUCGAGGGAUUGAGUCAAUCAGAAAUUUCCGCCCUGCAUCGAGAGUACAUUAAGCUGCAUUCGAGAAGGAGAGACCUGUUUCGAUCUUCAGCUAUCAACCCCAUAUCAAAAGCCCUUCGAAACCUUCCCCACUGUUACGAAUGUGUCAUAUCAGACGACUACGAUUUGGAGUCAACUUGUCUUGAUCCUUAUGUGAGGAAGAGCGUCCAAGGACUUCUCCGCGAGCUUCCAGGUCAUGCUAUAUGGGGAUUGCGGCCCAAGUGGACAGUAAAUUACUUCGGUGAAUACGUUCAGAACAACGAAGUCAAGCAGAUAAUGCACACUGGUAUAGAGGUAUUCAAACUGCUCCAACACUGUGCGUCCAUCAAAAGCUUGUCCGUUGAAUGUUGGGGAGAGAGUUGGUUUCGCAUUACAGAACCUGGAAGAUCUCUGCGGAAAGGCUCAGGAGUUAUGCAUGGAUACACUAUCCAUGGUGUCUACCACUCGGCCAUUCAGAACAUUUCAUUGCGCCUCAAAUGCUGCAGGGGUGGUUGGCUACCAGGCAGUCAGGAUCAGCCGCCAUUUUACUUCGAGGAUGCUUUCGGUGGCAUGUUCUCGUUCCCUGAGCUGCGGGAAUUGUCUCUCGAGCCGGUUUACACAGACCCAGGUCCGGACUUCUUCGAAGAUCCUUACACAACAGAAGGAGAUGAAAGCUCCCCUGAGCCUGAGCCUGAGCCAAAUGAGGAUGGCUCUUCAGCCGGAUCACAGUCCGGGGAAUCGCCACAGUUCCACAGCACAGCGUGUGAGCUGCGAGAAUGCUGCCCUCGACCACAUUGGCUGACACUCGACAUGAUGCAUUCACUUUAUGCAAAGUUGGAUCUUGGUUUGGUGAAGCUUCCAAAAUUGGAAAAGCUUGUCGUCACCAAUGUCACACUUGAUGCGAGAUGCCUUCUUUUAUGGCUAUGCGAGCAGGUGCAACUUCCUGUUUCUGGGCUUUCAAUCUGCUUACAAGGCACUGCCUUUCUGUUUGACCUCGAUCCGAAGACCCUGUUCCAAGGACUCGCUCAACUAAACGUCAAUUUGUGCUAUGAUCCAGAUAAGACAUUCCACUAUGGGAAUGAUCCAGAGAGGACAUUCCACUUUGGGAAUGCACCAGAUGCCCUCAUACUCUCCGACGGGAACACCAUCCGACAUGUUCCGACAAGUUGGACUGCUGAUCUGGUGGUCUGGUCAAAGUACGACAUCGAACUGCUGCUCUGGGAGAGUCCACCCGUCCAGAUGCCGCCAUCUUCAACGUUCGAGAAUCUUGUUGUCGGACCAAUCGAUGUCAGGCGUCGCCCUAGCGCAUUUAUAUCUAUGCACCGCCAGUGGCCGAGCAUCGAACUGGCCUACUACACCAUGCCUGGCGUGGAGGGUGGCAUCUGCGACUGGUUGCCAAUCAGCCCGCCCGAGUCAUUGACCCUCCUUGUGUACAGGCCGCAUCGAUUCUGA